GGAAGUAAACGUGGGUGCUAGUUUAGCUGGUUAACAACAAGUAGUCGGUAGUUUUGUUCAUUAACGCUGAACGGUUCAGUUAUUACCCAUUAUGUUAACGGAUUACCUGAUAAACCAGGACUAGUUCACUAGUCUACCAUUCGUUUAUGUUGCCUCUUUAUCGCUUUAGCUUGGGCGCGUUGUAUUAGCUUAGCAACCUAGCCACUGCUCAUAGAUAUAUCUAUGGCGACUGCUUAGCAACCGGCUAGUUUAGCGUUAAUACGUGUUAUUAUUAUUAUUGUGUCGCUUCAGUAGGAGUCAAAAGGAGUCAUGAAUCCAGCCGAGCGCAUGUGGAUCUUUCCCAUGGGCUUGUGAGCUCGGACUGCUUUUUUAAUGGGAGCCGGUCGGAGUCUUUACCAGACUUGUGGGCGAUAUUCGCGCAGACGGAAGAAGAACCAGCGGCCCGAAUGGAGUCGUUGGCAGGUUACGUUUAUAAAGCGGCUAGUGAAGGCAGGGUCCUGACCCUGGCUGCUCUGUUACUAAACCAUUCUGCCUCUGAGACGCGCUACCUGUUAGACUUUACAACGCUGUUAGCUGGCCAACGCUCCACUCCUCUCAUCAUAGCAGCCAGGAACGGACACGACAAAGUAGUCCGUCUUCUCCUGGACCACUAUGGAGUCGAUACUGAGCAGACAGGGACAGUCAGGUUUGAUGGGUAUGUGAUCGAAGGUGCCACGGCUCUUUGGUGCGCUGCGGGAGGAGGACACUUUGAGGUCGUGCGUCUUCUCGUGUCUCAUGAUGCCAACGUGAACCACACCACGCUGACCAACUCGACCCCGCUCCGGGCGGCGUGUUUCGACGGACGCCUGGACAUCGUGCGCUACCUGGUAGAGCAUAACGCCGACAUCGGCAUUGCCAAUAAGUACAACAAUACCUGUCUGAUGAUAGCUGCUUUUAAGGGACACGCGGACGUAGUGCGCUUCUUGCUAGAGCAAAACGCUGACCCGAACACGAAGGCACACUGCGGCGCUACGGCGCUGCACUUUGCAGCCGAGGCCGGACAUCUGGAAGUCGUGAAAGAGCUGGUGAAGUGUCAGGCGGCUAUGGUGGUGAACGGCCAUGGCAUGACGCCCCUCAAAGUCGCGGCUGAAAGCUGCAAGGCGGAUGUUGUCGAGCUGCUUCUCUCCCAUGCCGACUGUGACCCUCACAGCCGUAUCGAAGCGUUGGAGCUGCUCGGGGCUUCGUUUGCUAACGACCGGGAGAAUUAUGACAUCCUAAAUACAUACCAUUACUUGUAUCUGGCCAUGCUCGAGCGUUACCGCGACCCUGAGAGGGUCAUCGCCAAAGAGAUCCUGCCACCCGUGGAAGCUUACGGUGGUCGCAUGGAGUGUAGGACGCUUCAGGAGCUGGAGGCUAUCAAACAGAACCGCGACGUACUGCACAUGGAAGGUCUGAUGGUCCGUGAGCGAAUCCUGGGAUCGGACAACGUAGACGUUUCGCAUCCCAUCAUAUACCGCGGCGCCGUCUAUGCCGACAACAUGGAGUUUGAGCAGUGCAUUAAGCUGUGGCUACAUGCCUUACACCUGCGUCAACGAAGUAACCGUAACACACACAAGGACCUGUUGCGAUUUGCACAAGUUUUUUCGCAGAUGAUGCAACUCAAGGAGCCGGUUCAAGCUGCCGACGUCGAGCAGGUGUUGUGCUGCAGUGUUUUGGAGAUCCGGCGCAGCGUAGCACGCUUGGAAACGGCCUCCGAGGCGGAGCGCCCUGCCUGCACUGACAACUAUGAGUCAAACCUUUUUACCUUUCUCUACCUGGUCUGCAUCUCCACCAAGACGCAAUGCGACGACGAAGACCGCGCACGCAUUAACAAGCAGAUUUACGACGUCAUCCGACUCGACCCACGCACCCGAGAAGGCUCGUCGCUGCUCCAUCUGGCCGUCAGCUCCAGCACGCCGGUAGACGAUUUCCACACGAAUGAUGUGUGCAGCUUCCCCAACGCCCAAGUCACUAAGAUUCUGCUGGACUGUGGCGCACAGGUCAACUGCGUCGAUAUUGAAGGAAACAGCCCUCUCCACCUCAUAGUGCAGUACAAUCGGCCCAUCAGCGACUUCCUCACCCUGCAUGCCAUCAUCAUCUGUCUGGUGGAGGCCGGCGCUCACACCGACAUGACCAACAAGCAGAAGAAGACCCCGUUGGAGAAGAGCACCACGGGAGUCUCGGAGAUCCUCCUGAAAACGCAGAUGAAAAUGAGCCUAAAGUGCCUGGCUGCUCGGGCCAUCCGACAGAAUCGCAUUCUCUACAGAGACCAGAUUCCCAAAAGCCUAGAAGAGUUUGUUGAGUUUCACUAAUCUGUAGCUUUUCAGUCAUGUGACGGUGUUGGGAAUUCUUGAUCAAGUUUUUUUUUUAAAAAAAAAAAAAAAAAAAAAUUCCUAGUCACAUGGAUCUGAAGAUGGCUUUUACACUCACAUCUGUUUUCCAAAUAUUUGUCUAGACUGAUCAAGGGUUUUUUCCUGAGCCCUAAAAAAAAAUGAUGAUACAUUAUGUCAUCACAUGAUGCACAUUUUUCUAGUCUGGCACUCGUUUACACUCACUCAUGGUAUUGAAAUAAGUCAUCGCUGCUCGUUUUGGGCCAUAAAUAAGCAGCCGUACUGAAACCGACGUAUUAAGCGAACGACACCGAGAGAUAACGGCUUUUUACUGACUGCACUUUGCUUAGGAUGAUUUACUUUCGUUAUGUUUUAUUAACAUAUUUUAUUAAAGAAUUAUUUAAAACAUCAGAUGAUCUAUUUUUUAAGGAAUCUUUAACAGAGGAACGGUGAAAUAAAAUCGAAACCUUUUUUUUUUUUUUUUGCCAAACUGUACACGAACGUCUUUUUAGAAAUAAAUACACUAACCCGGGUCUGGGACAGGCUCCUUUAAAUAUCUUUGGUUGUUCACCUUUCUAUUAUGCCACUGUAAAGUCAUUUGAUAUCUACAUGACUGUGUGCUGCCGUGCCUUGUGUGGCCUUAUUCUGGAUGGUGCUUGGAUUUCUGUUUUUUUUUUUUUCUUUUCUUUAUUCUUUUAAAUUAAAGUAUGAGAAAGCAGCAGUAUGUUGCGUGUGGCUCUCUGUGCCAGAAAGAUUCUUUGCUUUAUGUCUUUGCGAACUGCUGAUUGUAAUGAGUUUAUACUUUUAUUUUGAAUCAAAUGAAUUAAUAUUAAGCCAAAA